CCUCUUGUUCGGGAUAGCUCUCUGCCAUCCGAAUCCCUUCUUCACAUUGAUCAAAUACAGCGCGCUUGGAAUGAUUACGACUUCGCUUUGAAUGAACGCAAUUUGACACUUCUUUCACAACUGGAUCGGCUGGCAGAAGCAGACAAUGCAGCUGCUAAGGUGGAGCAACUAUGUAAAGAAACUGAAUGUAAUCUCUGCUUGUUACAGCAGCACAUUGAUAAGGUGCAUGUCUCUUUAUACACAUAG